AUGGUGCAUCCCGAUAACACUCUCAAACCUAAUGAAUCUCAAGUUGUUUCACCACUCGUAUCUCCUAUUGUAACAAAGGUGGUAGAUAUUUGCGAGCAUUUUGAAAAUGGAGAAGAGUUUGAAUUACGUGAAGACAUGUUGCAUUGGAUUCGUACGGAGGCUACGAAACUAGGAUUCAAUGUUGUGAUUGGAAGGUCCGAUAAUGGUACGGAUAAAAGAAAUGCAUUUGUGACAUUGACAUGCGAAAGAAGUGGGAAAUAUAUCUGUCGUAUCCAAAAAUUGAAACGCGAAGAUACCGAUUCAAGAAAAUGUGAAUGCCCAUUUAGGUUGCAUGGUUACCUUUUGGCAAAUAACAAAUGGAGAUUUAUUGUGAUAUGUGGUUUACACAACCAUGAUUUAAGUCAAAAGUUGGUUGAUCAUCCAAUUGCAUGUCGGCUCCUUUUAGAUGAGAAGACAUGUGUUUCUGAUAUGACUUUGAGCUUGGUACCACCCAAAAACAUACUUGCAACCUUGAAGCGCAAAAGACCCGAGAAUACAUCAAAUAUCAAGCAAGUUUACAAUAGGCGCUAUCAAUCCAAAUUAGCGAUUAAGGGCGAUCGAACCAAGAUGAAUGUUUGCGUGAAAUGUCCCGAUCUAUUGAAAUAUGUCGAAAGCACAAUACUUAAUCAGGUUAAGGAAAAGUUUGUUUGUGCUUGGACGGAUGAUGUUAUGCAUCUCGGAAAUACAACAACGAACCGAGUUGAGUUUGCUCAUGCUUGUCUGAAGAAUUGGCUGGGAAAUAACAAGGGUGAUUUGAUUACGGGUUGGGAUUCUGUGAACCAGAUUAUACUAAACCAGCAUAGUGAGAUACAUACAAUAUUUGGUUGUAGUAUCACGGUGUUGGAACACAGGUUGAAAGACAUUACCUUAUAUUCUCAGUUGGUCGGUAAUAUAUCUCAGGCAGCUCUAAAUUAUAUUUUUCACGAAGCCAAAUGA